UAGAAAACACUACGUGACAGCGAUGUCAAAACUCAAAAGAGUUGUGUUAUGUAGAUGUAGUUAUUUUCGAAAUCAACUUUAGUUUUAAGAAAUUAAUGGGUUUUAGCGCUGAAUUGUGUUAUAAUUUGUACACAAGAUUGUUCUUUAAAGGAAUAUUGAUGUUUUAUAAGUUUACCUUUUCAUAAUAUUGUUAAAAAUUGUGUAUCACGUGAUCAUAUCUCAUAUUGAAUUUUAAUUGGUCCUCGGUGAGCGUGCCCUGCGCGUCGCGAGAGGCGCAAUAAUAGUUUUCCCAAAAUGCCGUCGGAAUCUAAACCUUUGUUAGCAGCCCAAACAGAAAAGCCAAAUCAUUACAAAUAUUUGAAGGAAUUCCGAGUGGAGCAGUGUCCGUCAUUCUUACAACAUAAAUGUACACAACAUAGACCGUUCACAUGUUUUCAUUGGCAUUUCAAUAACCAGAGAAGACGAAGACCUGUGAGAAAGAGAGACGGAUCGUUCAACUAUAGUGCCGAUAAUUAUUGUACGAAAUAUAAUGAGACAUCGGGCAUCUGUGAGGAUGGCGACGAGUGUCCGUACCUACACCGUACGGCCGGGGAUACGGAACGGCGGUAUCAUUUGCGCUACUACAAGACUUGCAUGUGCGUGCACGAUACGGACGCGCGCGGGCUGUGCACUAAGAACGGUGCGCACUGUGCGUUCGCGCACGGCGCGCCCGACCUGCGCCCGCCCGUGCUCGACGUGCGCGAGCUGCACGCGCUGGAGAACCCCGACGCGGCCGACGCCGACGCCGCCGCGCCCAAUGCGCUCGACCGCGAACGGAACCUUAUGAAUGAAGACCCCAAGUGGCAAGAUACAAAUUACGUAUUAUCAUCAUACAAAACAGAACCUUGUAAAAGACCACCUAGAUUGUGUAGACAAGGUUAUGCUUGCCCUCAAUACCAUAAUAGCAAAGAUAAACGUAGAUCCCCAAGAAAAUAUAAGUAUCGUAGUACGCCGUGUCCUAACGUGAAGCACGGAGAAGAAUGGGGCGAGCCAAGCAAUUGCGAAGCGGGUGACGCUUGCGGUUACUGUCACACACGCACCGAGCAGCAAUUCCACCCUGAGAUAUACAAGUCUACCAAAUGCAACGAUGUGCAGCAGGCGGGCUACUGCCCGCGCGGUCUGUUCUGCGCCUUUGCGCACGUCGAACCGGAGGAGCCUAGCAUGCGCGAUCCCGUUCCUCAAGAAUGUGGCACCAGCCUUGCUGAACUGCUGUCUUCGGCUCUACCGGCUGACAAGAAGCAGGAACGGGCAGCAUCACCUCUCGUGACGCUCACUAACGGCGCCGGGGAUGGGUCUGAAUGUGCCUCCACGUCCAGCGGCGGCUCCGGCGGCAAGCUGGGUGUGGCGCGUCUCACGCGCGCCGCACCUUUCGAUGCCACUGUGCUGCAAGAGGUGGUCGGAUGCGCGCUCGAUGAUAUUCAUCUCGAUGAUCCGUUGAAUCUGGUCGCGGCACUCGACCGCGAUUUGUCCGACGGCGAGGGUCCGCUCGGUGGUUCCGCACCGGUGAACAUACCGCAGCCUCGCGCCACACUGCGCGGGUUCAGCCCGCCUGGCGGAGGCGGCGGCGGCGGAUCACCGUUGCCGGCCUUUUUGCGGUAUAACAGUGACGCAUUCGGCGCGUUGAAGGCGGGCAGUUUCGGCGCAUUCGAGGGUGGCGCCGCGGAGGUGUCUCGGUUGCGUGAGGAAGUGGCGGCGGCGCGCGCGGCCGUGGCGCGGUGGGACGAGCGCGUGGCGCAGGCCCGGGCGGCAUGCGAGGCGUGGAAGCGCGAGGCGGAGGAGGCGUCGCGCAAGGCGUCGCUGGCGGAGCGGCAGCGCGACGAGGCGCUAGCGCACGCGCUGGCGCUGCGGCGCGAGCUGGACGCGCUGACGACGGCGCGGCGCGACCCGCGCGGCCUGCCGCUGCCGGCGCUCAAGGCGCUGCAGGCGCGCGCGCGUACCGACCUCGAGGAGAUCGAGAAGGCGCUGUACCUGGAGACGGCCACGAAGUGCAUGGUGUGCGAGGAACAGCCGCGCGCGGUCACGCUGGCGCCCUGCAACCACUACGUGCUGUGCGACGCCUGCGCUGCCACUACGGACGAGUGCCCCUACUGCCAGACACCCGUGCAGCGCCAUCAGUAGCACCCGCAGAAUACUCUAAAACUGGACAUCAAUUAAUCAAUGUUUUAACAUCUGAAGUACUAUUGCCUCCAGCAAGUCAGUAAACAAAUAUUUUUUUGCUUUUGAUUAGAAUUCAGUUUUAUUUGUAUAUGCUAUUUUAUAAGCAUAUGCAAAAGAAAUAAGGGGCAUUUACAACUUGGCCACCGAGAAAACUUUCAUUAUUGCACUACUAAAUAUACCUAUAUGUAGCCUCUUAUUUACAAAAAAUCUGUUCUGCUUAAUAAUAAUUUGUAUAAUAAGUAUAUUAUUCAAUAUACCUAAUCCUAGGUAUACACAUACUUGAAAUGUUAGUAAUUUGCACUAACUGGUUGCAUUUUUCUAUGCAUUUUUUAAAUAUUUUGGUAUGAGUACUGAGAAAUUUAAUAGCAUCUAAAAUACCAUUUUAAACUAUAAAGCACACACUUGUCUUGAGAAAAAAGGUGGCAUGUUCGAGUUAAAUAAAUAACAAAUAUAUAUUUGUUUCAAUAUUAUUUAAUAAUAAAAAUGUUUAUAUUUUGUUACAGUUGUAUCGUAGUACUCUAUAAUGUCAUUUAUUUUUCAGGCAGUUGUGUAGAAUGUAAAAAUACUUGUUUUGAGCUACUCCAUAUUUUUAGCAAGAGUUGUAGUCAUCGCUUUUGUAUUAGUGUCACGCAUUGUUUGUAAAAAUAUACAACUAUUUCGUAUUUCAUUUAGCGUCAGUUUUGGUUGUAAAAAAGUAUUAAUUUUAGUUACACUAUUAAUUUUGACAGAAUAUUUUUUUUAUGCUUAAACAAUUCAAGCUAGCAAUCAAACUAGGUGUAAUAAACAAGCAAUACUAUUAUCAUGUAAAAAGACUUAUUAAACAAGAACCUGGUACAAAUACUAUAUGUAUAUGAAUAUUUUAAAUGAAUAAUGAAAGAAUCAAAUUAUCAAAUUAUGGACACCUUUUUUCGAUAUUGAUACAAAUAUGAUGUUUUAAGGCGAUACCUCAAGGUCCAUUUUCAUACAUUUUGUUUCACCUUUAAUCUGGGUAACUAAACAAGUAUUGGCAAGUAAAGAAUUUAAAUUCACGUCUAGUUAGUGAUUAGUUCUCGCAGUUGAAAGAAAAACGUAAAAAUAAUUAAUAACCAUGGAUAGUUCUGCCUUUAAAAUUUCGUCAUAUUAAAGGUGAAACAAAAUGUUUGAAAAUGGACCUUGAGGUAUAGCCUUAAUUUAUAAUUUUUGGUAUUAACAUUUAUAAACAAUCUUAUAGGAACCUGUGUCACAUUUUUAACAUACAAUGCAAGUCAUAAAUGAUAUCGUAGUAUAUGUCUUGGGCAUAUAAAAUUAUUUUGUUCCGUUUCUGAGGAUUCACUCUGCAGGGUUAUGUGUAACGGGUAGUUAUUAAAAAUAGAUAAUAAAAAGAAUUUUUAAAACUUAUUACAACAGACAUUUAUGCAUUAGGUAUAAAUAUAUAUUUGUCCCCUUAUUUAGUACCAAUCAGAUUAAAUUGCGCUAUCACACGUCGUAAUUGAAAAAUUGUGUCACCAGCAUUACAGUUUUUUUUUAUUUUUAAAAAUAUCAUUUGUUCUUAAAAAAAUUCACGGCGUCUUUUUAGAGCAGUUCUAAUACUUCGGUGCAUUACUUACGAUCAGCCUCCUGCUUGAGCCUACUCCCUUGAAGGUUAUAGAUGUGUCACAAAUAAGUAUAUAUAUAUUUAUAAAAAAAAAAUGUGCUCCAUUCGUUCGCAAAUGUUACAUAUUAUAUAAAUGAUGUUUACGUAAAACAUUCGAAGGGAUUUCAAUUCUAUUACAAACCUGAUACCUUUUAUGAGUAGGUAAGGUUAUUGCGCAAAGAGGAUUGUCUCGAAUUUAUCUGAAAACGGCUUCUAUCGUUACAGAAUAUUAAGCAGUUAUUUUAAAUGAUCGUCUUUGAUGGAAGGUACUAUUGCCUUUGUUUGAUUUUAUUUUUAUAUACUACAUGUUCGGUUUUAUAUAUAGUCAAGGAGUCUUAUUCCGUCUACGGGGGCGAAUCAGUUUUUUUGCAACUAUAGGCGUUCUGACAGAAUGACAGCUUUGAUAGCGUUAUAGGUAAAAGAUUUACAAAACCUCUUUUUACAGCAACAUCCAUGAUGGCAAAAAGAUGGAUAUGCCCUCGUAGACGGAAUAGGGUUCUCUAACUAAAAUCAACUACAAUAUGUUAUGAUGAAUUCAUAAUAUCGAUAGAGGUUGUAAGACGAAAGAAAUAAUUAACACAGUUCACGUUUUCCUGUUUCACUGAGAAUUUAUGUAACAGUCGAUGCGUGGUUGUCCUUGUUGUGUUAAUUGUAAAUUAUAUUAUUCAACUGAAAAAAAAGUUAAGUUUGGCCAGGGACCCAGAAACUCUUAAAAUCCGUGAAUGUUCGUACAUAACAAAGUUACAAAAGUACAUAUUGAAAGUUAUAGUUUGAUCUUCUUGUUUCGUCAAUUCUUCUGUUAAUCCCAUUCCAAUGUGGGUUUGAUGCAUUAUACUUUUUACACACGCUGCAAAAGUGAUUUGCUUUCCUUUUUAGGAGCAGCUGACUGUAACUGACUCGCUCAGUUGUUGGCCGGCCUAAGCAUAUAUUCAUAAUAUUGUAUUAGAUUAAUUUCGUAGCAUUCUUUAUUUAAAUUAUUAACAUAUUACCUUCUAUAGUAAUGGGCGUGGUGGUUUCAAUUAAGGCACACAGUGACGUAGCGUAGAGAGAUACAUAAUAUGAGUUUACAUUACGUGAUCAUACUGAGUGGAUAGAACACUUAUAAAUGGAAGACUAUUAGUCGCAAAGAUGUGGUGAGUGAAUUUGCAACUAUCCUCUUGUACGGACCAAUAAUAACAUAAGCUGACUAUUUAAGGAUUGCUAUAUUCAAUAGAAAAAUUUGGCGUUUGUGUUUAUACAAAAAUACAAUAUCAGUGCACUGCUGACUUAGUUGUUCGUAGAUUUACGCUUUUAAGCCCUGUAUUUAACUACAUUUCGAGUGUCUUGUAUAGCAACACUACAAAAAAUAGAUUAUGCAGUCACAUAUCGCUCCACUAGCUAACAUUAUGUGAAAUGUUCACAUUCGCCAAUUAUUUGUCAUUAGAUCCGCAACCACUAACCUGUGAUCUUUUUUGAACGUUGGUAAUGGUGGUUUUAAGCUUUAUUUGGUUAAGACAGAUUGACGCAUAAUUAUUUGAUAGUGACAUGAUUCAAUUCUGCCUGUAAAUAAUUUAUUGUCCAAUUGUUUAUGGUGACCAAAAACUGCAGCGCAUGACCAAGCGGCUACAACACGCUACUAGGUAAACAGCUCCAAUUUAAUAGAAUAUAUAUGCACUGUGUUAAUUAGAGUUUAUGACAAAAAACGAGUGAAGGCUUUAGUCAGGCGGUGCAAUCGAUUUCUUGUUUAUUUCUAAUAAUGGUUUCUGUAACAAUGUGCAGUGAAUCAUUGUAAUAUUACUUCAAUACAAAUCGAUAUAACUCAUACGCAAAUUAUGUAGUUUAUAAAAUUUAAUUAAUAAGUAAUUAAAUAUGUAGAUUCUUACGCUGCCUGAAGUAUAUCAAAUUAUAAACUAAAGAACUUCUAUAUAGAGUUUUUCUUUUAUAACGAAUAAUAACAAUAUUAGAAAUUAAAAAUAUUUUAUGUAUUUGAGAUAUAUUGAAUUCUCCUUUUGUACCGAUAUAUUAUGAUAGUAAUAUAAAGCAUAUAAUUUAGAUUAAUAUUUAGAUUAAGUAGUGUUUUCAAAUUGUAAUGGACUUUAUUUUUUAAAUAGUAGUUGCUAACGUCGCCUGUAUGUCGUAAACAAAGCAAUACUACCUUAAUCGCCUUAAAUACAUAUCGGGCCAUUACAUGUAUGCGGACUGAAUUCACUAUUCAAUCAAAUUUGUUAUUUGCUGUACAAAAAAAAAUGCGAUAUGAAAAGCGGACCAUUUGAAUAGAAUUGUGGCAAUAGCCAUAACAUGUCGAAUCGCAGAUUGCUAUGGUCUAUCUGCAGCUCGACAACGAAUUUUUAUUUUUAACAACAGUCAUUUUUGGUAAUUUCCCAGUCCGUCUACAAUUUUGCGAUACUAUUGGACGAAAUAUAGCAUCAAUUGACAGGUACAAAAUUAAUUAUUUACAGUCUUACUUAUAAAAAUAUCGCAAAGUUAUGCUUAGUUACGUCUUGACUAGUCUGCUCUUCAACUUUUAAUCGUCGGUGAUGUUUUAUUUUGACAGCUAUUUAAGCAAUGCUUAACCACCUCUUGACUCUAAAACAAGUUUAUAAGUAAAAUUUUUGGUAAUCGGUGGCAAAGCAAUUGAUUAAAACAUAAGACGAGCUUAUAAGUAAGACUGUUAUAAUACAAGAUAGCAAUUCUAGCAAUAAGAGUUAAUUAAAACUUAUUAAACCGAUGUGUACUAUAUUGCAGACUUAUGUACGCUAACAAAUUUUGAAAUUGUGUGGUUCAGUUCCCAUUAUCGCAGUGUCCCGCAAGAUAUUCAUUGUUGGAUUUUAUAAUGAGCAGCAGUUUACUUACAACAGCCAUGAGUGAUAUUUUCUAUACUUACAUUUGAGAAAUUAAUAAGUAUAUAAACAAUAAGGAACACUGCCAAAAUGUACCUUCAUGUAAAUUAUUUGACCUCAAACAAACAUAUUUUUGUGAACGAGAGCUGUAAGUAUGCUUGGUGAGUUUUGUAGCAUGGAAGCUUGCACUGUAUGGCAGUUACUUUAACCAUUGUAUAAUAAACUAUAGUAUUUUUGAGUAAAAACUGUUAAAAACGCAUAUUGUUUUGUAAGACCGCUUUUUAUAUGACCAAUCGCUUAGAACAACUGCCAUACACGAGAUUGUUACAAAACUCAUCACUUGCGAAUUGUCAUACUACAAUGGCGUUUACAUCGUGUUUUAAUAUUUCUUAUCUUGCAAUUAUGGGCAUUUGUUGAAUAAUUAUAGUAUACGCCAUGAUGUUGUAAGUAACUGUCGUAACUACUUACUGUUUGUCGACACGGUACAUUUUGUACAGGUAUUGAUAAAUGCAUUGUUUAGAAUACUGAUCAGAUAUAAGGUGUUGCGAAAAUUGCUUUAGAGAUUUAUUUCAUAAAUUUUAUAGAGUAUCAAUGUGUAGUAUAUUAAAAACUUUAUUAAAGAAAGCAACCGGACUGGAAACUAUAAUGUUUUAAAUGAAAGUAAUGAAGUUAUUAUGCUAUGGACUCUGAGCGUACCUAAUUGGUUCUUUAAAUUGAAAUAAAUAUGUUCUUUCGUCACGAUAAAUUUCCAAAGGUAGUAGGUACACGUAAGAUUGAUCGAUCACGUUGUGCGAUUCUAAAACAUUUUCUAUUAGAAAUGUAAACGAUAUGAAUAAUAGAGUCUCAAGCAUGGAUGAUGUAUUUCAAAUGAUGGGUGUGAAGCAAAAUGUUCUGUGUGGCAAUUUGUGUGUAUGUAGCUUGCUAGUGUUUUUGAUGAUUUAAAUUUAGAUGUGUAUUAGAGUCAUAUUUAUUUUUAUAUACUUAGAGUAUAUAUCACAUGGAGGGAUAUAAUAAAAAUAUUGAUUACACUAUUUAUGGAUCCUGAGUGUAUGUAAUUACUGUGUUAAAUGUUAACGAUGAUAUUAGACGGUAAGGAAAGGUUUCUUGUUCAUAAUAAACACAUUAUUUCUGUAUUCAUGAAAUGAUGAAGCAUCUUUCAUUGCCUGCGCUACACGUAUGCCUACACUUGAUUAAAACAAUUAAAAUUAAUCCUCGUUUCCAAAUGCUCAUUAAAACAAAACUUGAAUAAAUAAUUAUUUUGGAUACGUGACUUAUUCUAUGCCCAAUUGGGAUAGUGUUUUGAUGUAUAAGAAUUUUUGGAGUUAUCAAUAUAAGUUUCAGAUGUGACAUUUGUAUACUUUUAUGACAAAUUGCACAUGCAUGCAUAUUACACAGUCACCGGUGUAAUAACUAGUAACUGGUUGUUUCAUCUGAGUUUAUCAUAACAUUAAUAAUAAUAAAAGUUUCAACUAUAACAAGGGGGAUGAGGGAUGCUUUAAACGAAGUUUAUAUGUUUACCGCCUAUGAUAUACUCUAAUAUCUUUAAGUCUGAAUAGUAGUAUUAGUAAUGCUUUCAAAUAUGUGUGAAGUACGUGGAUUUGCAAGUAUAACGUUAUUGGGUAUAAACAAUAGUUGCGAAGUAGCGUAUAACCAUACUACCGCGUCGCUUCUAUGGGCCAGUACUAUCAUGCACUGUAUUGUGGCUGCAUUUGAUGUUUUACAAUAGUCCAGUACAAUGGGACUUGAUGAAAAUAUUUAAGAUAUGGAAAUAAUUACUACAAUUACCAUCAGAAAUGUGAUAAGUUCUCUUUCGAUUCGUGUGCCUCUUGGUUUAUAGUUUAUACCUUGGUAUAGAUACGGAUUCGAUAGGGGACUUUUCAGAAUUAAUUUGUGAGUAAUAUAAGCCUAUAGCAUUCUACAAUAGUUUUUGACUUAAAUAUAAAAUGUUUGUUCCCAUGAAAGCGCACGGCCUGGCUACUCACCGGCCACUGCACAGCGGUGUGGUUAUUUAGUUAUUUAGUGUUGAAUCCCAGGUAAUCAAACUCGAUGAAUGCCGUGCCCUUCAUAAUAUCCUCGUAAAUUUAGUUUUAACCGUAACGUUAUGCCGGUGUGUAUACGUACUGACAACAAUGUUUUUGUUAUUCUAUAUAAUUGUGUCGACAUAUUUUUUACGAUAUUUCAACUAUAAAAUAGAAUUAAGCUUAAUCGGUUUGGGGUCUGUUCCAAAUGUAUUUUCAUAUGGUUAACAUACUUUAAUAAUAUUAUUAACACUAAAUUACACAUUGCAAUACUAACAGAUACCUAAAUAACUUUGACCAAUAACUGCUUUAAAAAUAUUUUAUGUACAUUGGAAUACGACUCCUUAGUAUCUACUAUUGUUUACUUUUCACAAUAGGACUGUUGAGCCACAAAUGUGCAACAUGUAUUGCAUUUUUAAAUGGUUUUUAUAUUCAUUUUACACACCAUACAUAAUCUGUUUUUAUAAUUUGCAUUUUUGUUAUUAGGACCAAACUUGUUUAUGUAGUAUGUUUGCGUGAGUUGAGUGCGCUUAAUAAUGCUGUUCGAAUUAUUUGUAAUUUCAAAUUAAUUAUAUUAUGUACUGUUUUUUUAUAAUUUUAUUUAAUCUUUAGGUAGGUAGCUCCAACAAAUUUUUUCAAAUUAUCAUUGUUAUAUUAGAUAUAAAUAAUAAUUUUUAGCAGAAAACCAAUUGAAACAUGCUUUCACGCACUGAUAGCGAUCAAAUGAAUUUUUUACUCUUUUUUAUAUAAUUAUGGAUACAAAAAGGAAAAAUACAUUCAAGAUUGUCAUAGUAGAUAUUCUAUAAUGAAAAUGAGGUCAAAUCCAUGUGAUACAAACGCGAAACAGAUGUGAAGGCUAUAAUUAUUGCAUAGAUAGGUAGGAUUAAUAAAUUUUUAAUUCCAUUCAAUAAUAA